AUUCAUCAGGUUAACUUUAGACCAGUUGCCCUGAUGCAGUCGUUGCGAGCUAAACACACAUGUCUCUGCAACAUAAUGAGACAACGGACCUUAAUGAUACGUAGGCCAAUGCAAAGGGAAAUAUGCGACGAUUUAUAAGAAACGUGCCAAACAUUAAGCUGUAGAUGGCGAGUUGAUAUACUCUUCAGUGGGUUAGCUUUGUGUAGCCCUUUGUGACCGUGUUUACACAUUGCUAGCUAGCUCCACAGUUGGCUAAUGUAAGCUAGCAAAAUGGACCUUGGAACAAUGUUGUACAACAAUGUAAAAGAUGUUACAUGGAGCACGACGUCUAUACCAUUAGAUCAACUUGUCAGUGCUUAUAGGUUGCCUCAAAUUGCCAAGCUGGAUAACGGCCAGUUGGUUGAAGGCCUCAGAGACAAUGACUACCUCUUGAUUCAUUCCUGCCGUCAGUGGACGACUAUUACUGCUCACAGUCUGGAGGAGGGACACUAUGUCAUUGGGCCCAAAAUAGAGAUCCCAGUACACUAUGAAGGUCAGUUUAAGCUACUGGAGCAGGACAGAGAUGUCAAGGAGCCUGUGCAGUACUUCAACAGCGUGGAGGAGGUGGCCAAAGCAUUCCCUGAGAGGGUAUACGUCAUGGAAGAAAUCACUUUCAAUGUUAAGAUGGCUUCAGGGGAAUGUAAUGAAGAUACUGAAGUUUAUAACAUAACACUAUGCACCGGUGAUGAACUGACAUUAAUGGGCCAGGCUGAGAUCCUAUACUCCAAGACCUCCAAAGAAAAAUCAAGGUUCAACACAAUUUUGAAGAAGAUCGGGAAGCUAAACUCCAUCAGCAAGAUCGGUCGAAGCAAGAUGCCCUGCUUGAUCUGCAUGAACCAUCGCACCAAUGAGAGCAUCAGCCUGCCUUUCCAGUGCAAAGGCAGGUUCAGCACCUGCAGUCCGCUGGAGCUUCAGAUGCAGGACGGCGAGCACAUCAUCCGGAACAUCGUGGAGAAAACCCGUCUCCCCGUCAAUGUCACAGUACCCAGCAGUCCACCCCGCAACCAGCAUGACCUCCACCACAUCCGGGAGGGUCAUCGCUACAAGCUGGUCAACAUUCAGACGAAGACGGUGGUCGUGUGCUGCGUCCUGCGAAGCAACAAAAUUAUCCCCAUCCAUUUUCCCUUUCAUAUGGCCAUGCCUAGAUGUAUUAUUCCAGAAGAACUGCUGCAAGGAGAGUUGUGGCUAGAACCUAUGGUGCAUCGCUGGUUCUCCUUCUGCCAGGAGCAGUUCGACAUAGACGACUAUUCUCGCGCCGUCCGGGAUGUGCGGACCGACUGGAACGACGAUGGGAAGAGCCCGAAGAAAAGCAGUGGGAACGGCAAUUGCAGUGGAAGCAGCGGAGGCAGCAGCAGCUCCAACGGUUGUCACAACCACAUGCAGAUUCCCAGCUCUUUAACUUACGCCCGGGAGGAGCUCACCCAGUCCUUCCACCGACUAUCUGUGUGUGUGUACAGCAACAACUUGCACGGCAACAGUGAGGUCAAUUUGCAGGGCUGCAUGACACUAUGUGGAGACUGGGCUCUUCUUCCCUCUGACAGCAUCCCUUCAGACUCGGGAGAAAAUGAACACCUUUUCCCCGAACUGAUGGACAGCACAAGCCAACAGCCACCCCUCAACAAGUCGGACAUUCCCUAUGAGGAGCUGUGGUUGGAUCAGCUGAGAGGUCAGAUCCCAAAACCUUCUGUAAGCGAGGGAACUCGAGGCAUCAACAAUGGCUGUGGUACAACAGCAGCGCUGUCAUACCCAGUGACUUGUGCUGUCGGUGCAACACCCAGUUUAGAUGCGUCUCUUACUCCACCACCAGUUCCACCCAAGUCUGAAGCUGUGAAGGAAGAAUGCCGUCUUUUGAAUGCCCCGCCAAUUCCUCCACGAAGUUUGAAACAGAUGGCGUCUGUGCCCAUCCCGACUAAACCACGGCAGCAAGACACUCGGUCUCCAAGUCCUACCCUCUCCUAUUAUUCUUCUGGCCUCCACAACAUUAGCGGAGCAUCCGAGCAAGAGGCGGCUGACCCACAUGAGCCAAGCCGAGUGUGCUACCCCUGUACCUGGGUUAAAUCCCACAGCACUGAGCCUAACGCUACGAUGCCCAGCAGUAGCCUGCCUUCAGACGGGAUGUCCUCCAGGUUGUCAUGGCCCAAUAAUUUCAGUGGAGGACAAUCGCACAGCAUGGAGGAAUUUCUACCAGCCAGCUGUCAAAGUUACUACAGUUACCCCAGAAAGAGAUCCCCAAGCACCCCAAAAACCUGUACAACCAGCCUGGUUGACUUUGACGGCCGAGAGCACGCACGCAGCAGGAAGGACUUCAGGUCGCAGAAAGCUUCUCUGAAUCAGUUCUGCACCAAAUCUUCAAGUUUCAACUCGGAAAUGUACAGAGACAAGCCAAUAGAAGAAUCUAACACCAAGCAGAGCCUCUCCUGUCCAAGCUUACCGCCAAGAACACCAAAGUCGAAUGCCGCACAGACGAGCGCAGAUUUACUGUCGGAUUCCGUCUGUGACAGUGAGCAGGAAACCUCCAGUUGCUCACUUGCUCAACAUGAGCAGGCCACAAAAGACUCAUUAACUCCCAUCUGUCCAUCCUCCCCCCCCGCUGCACAGUGGCAGCCCCCGUCCAGUCUGGCUGGCCUUUCUAUCGAGGAGGUGUCCAAAUCUCUGAGGUUCAUUGGCCUGCCAGAGGACAUCGUUUCUCUUUUUGUGUCAGAGAGGAUCGAUGGGAAUUUACUCCUGCAGCUCACCGAGGACAUUCUGUCCGAGGACUUCAAGCUAAGCAAACUGCAGGUAAAGAAACUCAUGCAGUUCAUAAAUGGGUGGAGGCCCAAGAUAUAACUAACAGUAUACGACACUACGUUCUUGCCUUCAGUAUAUAUGCUAUGCGCACCAAGCCACAAAGAGUUAAUUUUUGUAGAAUAUGAAUUUAUGUCCUUGUUACUAUAUUGCGGGGAAAGACUUCAAGUCUGUGACUGCUAUUUACUAACUGAAUGAAACCAUUCGGCACUUUCAUGGAGACAUUUCCAUGUCGGCUACGUUGGCCCACAGCCUACUAGUGGACAUGUCAUCACAUCAAUCCUAAUGUUAGCUAACAAAUGUAAAAGAAGACACUGAUGUGUGACAAGAGAUUUGCUUAAUGAGGCCGUUGUACCAUUCUGUCCUCAAAGUGGAAUAUCACAACGUGAAUCACAAGCUGUUUCCAGGAUUUCUAAAAGAGCGCAGAGGAUGUACGAUGGUAUAUAUUCAAAAACAUUUUGUAGGUGAUACGCAAUUGGACAUUUGGCUGAAUUUGGUAACCGCCAAAAAAAAGCUUGCAAUUCUAUAGUUAUGCAGUCAGUGACAAAUGGAAGUAUGCACUGUUUUUACGAGGUCAGGGACAAGUGCAUUUCUAAACAUCAUCCGAAACAGUCGAUUUAAUUACUCCUGUUGAAUGAAUUCAAGACCUGCCCUCUGCUGACAGGUACUAAGAAAUACUUGUUCUUUGAGUGGCUGUCUGUGCAGCUAUCUGAUCUCAGGUAGUGUUGGCUUCCUGUCUAGUUUUAGGAGAUAAAGUGUUGCAUUUAAACCAACUGGGCUCAGAAAUCGCAUCUGUAUUAUCGCUGUGAUAUUCUACUUUACUGAACGAGUCAAAUCAAAUGAUUGUGAUCUCUCGUGUGCAACAACAUGUCCCAUUUAUGAACUCUCCUCAUGCAAGGUCUUAUUAAUACUUUUUAAAUUUAAAGUUGUGUUCAACUAUAUUGCUAAUUGCUUUGAAGUUAAACAUCUGCUAAAAAAAAAAAAAAAUACUUUUUAGAGAUUAUCUAUUGCAGAAAAAGACUGACUGGGUCCUAACAAAAUUAUAUAAUUAUAUAUAAAAUGAUAUCCUUUGUCUAAAACGUACAUGGAAAUAACCAAUGAUGACAUCCUGACACAAAAUACAAAUUAUGCAUCAUGCACUUUGGUGGAUUUCAGCCUUAUUAAUUGCAGUUAAGGUCAUUAAAUAUAAACGUAUAAAAGAGAGUGAAUGCACUACACGCUUUGGUACUUCUCCUUUGUUCUCAUUGUAUGUAUUGUACGUGUGCUCUAAUGCUAGAAACUAUUAAAUGCUCGCUUUUCUGCACCUUAACCCAUGGACCUUAAAAUAUAUAAUAUUUCACUUUGGCUCAACAUUUUCAUUUAGUCUUUUUGUCUUGAGAAUACAAACAUCUCAACAUGAACAUGGGGGGGUAGUUAUGUUAAACAUGCCCUGAGAGGCACGUAAGCUAACAUUGAAAAUGAUCUGCCUAAAUGAAAUAUUGGUUUCUAUUGGUACCAAACAUUUUCUCUGUCGCCUUAAAUCAGAGUUGAUUUAUUUAUGCAGUAUUUAACAUAAUGCAAAAUAUGCAGAAUAGUUAUUUUCAGUCUGUUGGUGUGGCUGAUAUAUGAAGGUGCCUCAGCAACAACAGCCUUUCUACAGCCCAGGACUGAUCUGUUGGCCAACACCUGUUGAUUUCUUCCCCUCACACUUUUUGCAGCGGGUUGUUACAUAUUUUACGUGAUAUAUUUUUUAUGCAAAUGAAAAUUGAAUGUUUUUUUUUUGUUUUUUUUUAAAUAAAGUUGUUACUAAUGUUGAAAUUAUUGUUAUUAAGAAACAAAGCUUAUGUUCAAAUGUCUAUUUUUUUGUUUAACAUUCUGUACAUCCUUGGUUUCUAUUUGGGUUAAUAAAUCCAUGAAUUCAGAUAACAUUUGGUCACGAGUCACACUACAUACACAGUGACCAAAAAGAAUCGCGUUAAUAAGCCGUGUGCUCAGGUCUUUCUCCAUAUUGUCCCAGUGUCCACAUUUUUUAUGGGGAAUUCAUGCGUUGCUCAACAUUGUUAUUAUACGGUGAUUAAUGUCCUAUGCAGUAGACAUGGCGAUCCAAAGAGACCAUGGGAAAGAACUACUAAGCAAGUGAGUGAUAAUGAAAAGCAAUGAAGUAUUAUUCACAUUGAAAUGACCACAAAUAGAAAAGAGUGCCAAAGGAAUUCUUUUGUCGGUACCUUUACAUGGAUACCUCUGAGAUAUAAACUGUGAACACUACAAUAACUGACCCGGGCCCAUGAAUUCACCUUCAUCAAGCAGUGGCUAUUCCAUCUUCAUGAUGCCUGUUAACCCACAAUAACAAUUAGCAUCUGUGAAAAUGACUGACACUGGGUUUGAUGGCACUAUUGGAAACUUGAGUUAUGGACCGCUGUCAUUCAAUUAACUUUUGUUUCCUUAUUUUUGAUUGUAUUAAAAAUGGAUUAACUGGUGUUUGUGUUUUUUUUUUUUAGUCAAGUAGCAGUUCAGGGCUGUUCAUGUGAAAUCCGGAAUAAGUUCAAGUUUUCACAUUUAAUUCGUUGCACAACAAUGUCACAAGAGGUCUGUACUUCAGCAACAUUCUACAAUAGGUGAUGGCAAUGAUUCGUUGAUAAGGGUGAUAGUGUAAUUAUCCUACAUAAUACUUUCUGUAUAAUGUAAUGCGUAAAUACAAUCAGAAACUACACAAAACCAGCUAACAAAGGCCGUUUCAAUGUCGGAAGACGUACAGAUAAGUGAUGAAGAUGAUUUUAAAGUCUUAGGGGACUUGGUGUACAGACGUCUUUGGCGGGUAUUCUAAUGAUGUUAUGAGGUUUUAGAGCUGCAAUGGUUGAUUAUCGGACAAACCACUGUUAAUUAGCAACUAUUUUUGAUAAAUGAUGAAAUGUUGAAGACUUAAAGCAAAAAUAACAAACGUGAUUGGUCCAGCUCAAAUAUUACACGGUGCUGCUUUUCUAUGUCUUAAUGUUUUAAUAAAUUGUGUAGCUUUGGGUUUUGGACUCUUAGUUGGACAAAACAAGACUGACAACUCCUUCAGCUAAUAAUUGACAGAUUACUUGGUUAGUACAGUUAGUUGCUGCCCCACUAGUUUAGUUAUAAGGUGUAUAUGUGUACUCUAUAGAGUAAUUGAUUUAAUAUAGUUGCAUUACAAAUUACCCUAGAAAUAUUACAAAAUCAGUCAGCAAAUUGCAAAAGUCCUCAGUAGAGGUUUGCUGGGUUUUUGUAACAAAUUGCAGAUCCAAUCUGAAGCAUUUUGGGAACCAGUAAGUGUUUCAUCAGUUCUGCUUUAGUGAGACCUUGUGGUCUCUGUUUCCUGCCUUACAUCAGGCAGGUUAACAUCUCACAGUUCAAAGGGAACUGCAGUUCUGCUCUUCAUGGCUCAAUAUAUAUUUAUAAUAACGAUUUCUAAAAAGCCAGUAUUUGUUCCAGUUGGCCUACAGUGAUUAGAUAUUUGAAUAUCAUCUAUGAGGACAUGCAUCAAGUAGUAACAUUUAAUACUUUAUAAUCAAGGCUAUAUCUCUUAAAAAAAUGUGGAAAAACAAAUGCUACAUAUUUGUGAUGCUCAUUCAUUACAAUUAUUAUUACGCAGAAAACUAUAACUGAUGGCGACUGAUACGUUCCAUCAAUUUCAAUGCAGUUUAUGUAGUUGUAUCUGCUGAUAGAUACUUUGGGACUCUAUCAAGGGAGAACCUACACACAUUUUCCUCACAACUAUCUCUUACAUGCUUGCACUCACACAUACACAUUUAGUGAGGGAAUGUCUUCUAUCGUUAACCCCAACAUGAUUUGAUGUCCUGUAGCUAAUAAAGUAGGUGUUUAUUAGAUUCUAACCCGGACAGUUUAAUCUUGCCCCCUUAUUGUAACCAACCAACCAGGAUGCUCUCGGGUCUUUAGUCUCCACCUUACAAGGUAACGCCACCCCUCCAACUCUGUGAGGCCAAAUAUGGAUGAAAAAUCGACAAUCAAGUAGGUGAGCCGAGUCAGCUUUUUAUAAAGCCUACAGAUAUGAAACAUUCUCCAAGACUCAAUUCAGCUGCUGACUAACCAACCAAACUCUACUCUCAGACCAUUUCAAGGGCCGGACGCAGCACCAACCCAUCAGCCUCCUGAACAUCCAUUCCACGGGCAGAUCAGCUCUCCAAGCCUGCUUCCAGGUCUGCUGUCUCAGUUGAUAUAUUUAAUUUAUACUGUUAAGAUGUUGGUAAAGGGUGUGAUGUCUGCAAGUGAGGCUACUAGUCAUAAAAUACAGCGUAUUUGGAAUGCAAAUUAGUUUUUGUCUCAAUAUGACUGUGGUCCGACAACUAGCCUAGCCUUCCACUUAGCACUUAUUGUAUUCAUA